AUUGGGUUGAAAAUUAUCCUGAUGAGUUUACAAAGUUAUACCAGAGGCCUCAGACUGAUAUGGCUGAUUGUGCAGAGAAAUUGUUUGACCUUGUGGACAGUUUUGCGGAAAGCAACAAGAGAAAAGUAGCAGUUUGGCCCCUGCAAAUAAUUUUACUUGUUCUGUGCCCAGAAAUUAUCCAGGACAUUUCUAAGGAAACAGUAGAAGAAAGCAAAAUGAACAAGAAAUUGUUUCUUGAAAGCCUCAGGAAAGCCCUAACUGGCCAUGGAGUAGGGAAACCACUUACAGAGAGUGCUGCAAUUGCUUGUGUGAAGUUGUGUAAAGCCUCCACGUAUGUCAACUGGGAAGAUAAUUCUGUCAUAUUCCAU